AUGGUUUGGGCAAUUUGGUUCUGCAAAAAUAAGCUCUUAUUUGAGAACAGAUCACUGAAUGCUAAUUACACGGCUACAACCUUUGUAAAGAAUGUAAUGGAGUACAAUGGCUACGCGCAUAAGGUCUUCAACAAGGCCAAUAUGGUGGAAACAGGUCUGAUCUCAAGAUGGAAUUGCCCUCCUGCUAGAACAGCGAAGAUCAAUAUGGAUGCCCACCUUGCUAAUGGGUACACUACAAUAGGAGCUGCGAUCAGAAAUAGUCAGGGUGAGCUUUUGGUUGCUGCAGUCCGUAAAUUCUCAGGGGAUUGGGAGGUUGAUCAUGCUGAAGCGGCCGCUGUUCGAUAUGGUCUACAAGUUGCUAGGAGGCUGGGGUAUAGCAGUGUUUGGGUUGAGAGUGACUCUCUCAAUGUCACAAAGAGGAUCAACAACAAUGCACAAGGCCGAUCUCUCCUUUUUUUAUUGAUUGAUGAUAUUUACAAGCUUUUUUUUUUUCUUUUUUAA